CACAAUAUAUUUUCACUUCCCUAUCGUAAAUUCUCCAGGUUUAUUAAAUACGUUAUCUACUAAAUUUUAAUUGGCCCAUUUUAAUAUCGUUUGGUAGCCACGAAAAUUUGUAUUUAUCAUUUUCAAUAAUAUCAAUAUCUAAUUUUGAUUUUUUUAACACACUACAAUAAGAUAUUAAAAAAUAUUAAUUUUACGACUUCUUAUUUGAAUUUUACUCUUAACAAAACAAGCUAUUAAUUGAUAUCAUUUCAAGAAAUUUAUUUAUCUAGACGCCAAUAUGGUGAAAUUGUUUGCUAUGAGUGUGUUGUACAAAGGACCCAAUGAUUCAACGCUAUUGAAGUCUGCAUUUGAAUUGCAGUCAUUUGGUUACUUUCAACGUAAAAGUGUGCAGGAAUUUAUGGGAUUUGUAACUAAAACCAUUGUAGAACGCACAGCAACUGCUGCUAGGCAAUCUGUAAAGGAAAAAGAAUAUAUGUGCCAUGUUUAUGUACGAGCGGAUAAUUUGGCUGGUGUUCUAAUAUCUGAUGAUGAAUAUCCUCAUCGGGUUGCACAUACACUUCUAACAAAGGCAUUGGAUGAAUUUUCUGUAAAAGUUCCAUCACAUAGUUGGCCAAAACUCAAUGAAACACAAGUUACAUUCAAUGAACUAAAUGCUAUGUUAGCUAAGUAUCAAAAUCCUAAAGAAGCUGACGCUAUGACAAAAAUUCAACAAGAUUUAGAUGAUACAAAAAUUAUUUUGCAUAACACAAUUGAGGCUGUUUUGGAACGUGGAGAAAAACUUGAUGAUUUAGUUGCCAAAUCCGAAGGUUUAAGUAUGCAGUCCAAAGCAUUUUACAAAACUGCUAAGAAAACAAAUGCAUGCUGUCGAAUGUAAUGAAUUGAAUGGUAACCGUUAUGACUACUGAUUUAAGUAUAAACAUUUUUUUACUCAGUUAGUCAAUUAAAAUAUGACUACUUAUAAAGAUAUACAAAACAAUAUUUAGACUUAUUUAUUAUUACAUUCCGAUCCCAUCCCAAUUUAUAUUUUAUAUUAUAGUCGGUGAAAAGUGUGUUCAUUACUUUUUAUCCACAUUUGGGGACAUGAUCAAUAUUUUGUUAUUAACAAGAUAUAAAAAUAUAUAUUUUAACAAGAACAACA